AUGGGGAGACGGCGGGCGCUUUGCCUGCAGCCGUAUUUCCUUUGGCUGGGGUGUGUGGCGCUCUGGGCGCAUGGAUCCGCUGGGCAGCAGCGGCAGGCUCGUCCGGCGGAGGGUGCGGAUACUAGCCGCUACUCUAUCUUGGGGAGUCUGGAAGGAGGCACAGCGCCAGCCGCCGCCAACCGCGUCCGCAGGAGAGGCCAGCAGGACAUGCUCAGGGGACCAAAUGUGUGUGGCUCCAGAUUCCAUUCCUACUGUUGCCCUGGAUGGAAAACACUCCCUGGGGGGAAUCAGUGUAUUGUUCCCAUUUGUAGAAAUAGUUGUGGUGAUGGAUUUUGUUCUCGUCCUAAUAUGUGUACUUGCUCCAAUGGACAAAUAUUGCCAAGCUGUGGACCAAAAUCUAUACAACAGUGUAACGUCAGAUGUCUGAAUGGUGGUACCUGUCUAGAUGACCAAUGCCAGUGUCAAAAAGGAUAUAUUGGCAGUUACUGUGGGCAACCUGUCUGUGAACAUGGAUGCCAGAAUGGAGGUCGCUGCAUCGGGCCCAAUCGUUGUGCAUGUGUAUAUGGAUUCACAGGCCCUCAAUGUGAAAGAGAUUAUAGAACAGGCCCUUGUUUUAUUCAAGUCAACAACCAGAUGUGUCAAGGUCAGCUGGCUGGCAUUGUUUGCACGAAGACACUUUGUUGUGCAACUAUAGGACGUGCAUGGGGCCAUCCUUGUGAAAUGUGCCCUGCUCAACCUCAACCAUGUCGUCGUGGUUUCAUUCCAAACAUCCGCACUGGAGCAUGUCAAGAUAUAGAUGAAUGUCAGGCUAUUCCUGGAAUCUGUCAGGGGGGAACUUGCAUCAAUACAGUUGGAUCAUAUGAAUGCAAAUGCCCUGCUGGUCAUAAACAGAAUGAAGCAACUCAAAAGUGUGAAGAUAUUAAUGAAUGCAGCCUCAUCCCAGGAAUCUGUGAUGCUGGUGAAUGUUCCAAUACUGUUGGAAGUUAUAUUUGUCUUUGUCCACGUGGCUUUGUGACAUCCACAGAUGGCUCUCGUUGCAUUGAUCAAAGAGCAGGUACUUGUUUCUCCAGUCUGCUGAAUGGUCGCUGUGCACAAGAGCUUCCAGGCAGGUUUACCAAGAUGCAGUGCUGCUGUGAAUCUGGGCAGUGUUGGGCUCUUGGUUCCAUUCCAGAAAUGUGUCCUGUUAGAGGCUCUGAUGAAUAUCGUGGGCUUUGCAUAGAUGGCAUUUCUGUUAUAGGCGGUUCCAGGCCUGGUGGCACAGGAGGAAAUGGCUUUGGCCCAGGAGGAACAGGAUUCAUCCCUAUUCCUGGUGGAAAUGGGUUUUCCCCAGGUGUACAUGGAACUGGAAUAGGGACCGGUGGCCAAGGUCCCACAGGAAAUGGCCCCAUCAUUACGGGACUGACAAUACUCAAUCAGACAAUAGAUAUCUGUAGACAUCAUCCAAAUUUAUGCUUAAAUGGGCGUUGCAUUCCAACAAUUUCCAGUUACCGGUGUGAAUGCAAUAUGGGAUAUAAGCAGGAUGCCAACGGAGACUGUACUGAUGUUGAUGAGUGUAUAUCAAAUCCAUGCUCUAAUGGAGACUGUGUGAACACACCUGGCUCUUAUUAUUGUAAAUGUCAUAUAGGUUUCCAAAGAACACCUACUAAGCAGGCUUGCAUUGACAUUGAUGAGUGUAUUCAGAAUGGUGUCCUUUGUAAGAAUGGUCGUUGUGUAAAUACUGAUGGUAGUUUUCAGUGCAUUUGCAAUGCUGGCUUUGAACUGACAACUGAUGGGAAAAACUGUGUUGAUCAUGAUGAAUGUACAACUACCAACAUGUGUUUGAAUGGAAUGUGUAUCAAUGAGGAUGGCAGUUUCAAGUGCAUCUGUAAACCUGGGUUUGUCCUGGCUCCUAAUGGACGUUACUGUACUGAUAUUGAUGAAUGUAAAACUCCAGGUAUUUGCAUGAAUGGCCACUGCAUUAAUACAGAAGGAUCAUUUCGUUGUGAUUGUCCACCUGGACUAGCUGUUGGAGUUGAUGGUCGAGUUUGUGUUGAUACUCAUAUGCGAAGCACAUGCUAUGGUGGAAUCAAAAAGGGAGUAUGUGUUCGCCCUUUUCCUGGAGCAGUGACAAAAUCUGAAUGUUGCUGUGCCAAUUUAGACUAUGGCUUUGGUGAACCAUGCCACCCAUGUCCUGCCAAGAAUUCAGCUGAGUUCCAUGGCCUUUGUAGUGGAGGAGUAGGAAUUACUGUGGAUGGAAGAGAUAUAAAUGAAUGUGCUUUAGAUCCUGAUAUUUGCUCUAAUGGGGUUUGUGAAAACUUACGUGGCAGCUAUCGUUGUAACUGCAACAGUGGAUAUGAAUCAGAUGUUUCAGGACAAAAUUGUGUUGACAUUGAUGAAUGUUUUGUGAAUCGAUUAUUAUGUGACAAUGGCCUUUGUCGAAAUACACCUGGAAGUUACAGCUGUGUGUGUCCAAAAGGAUAUGUAUUCAGCAGUGAAACUGACACAUGUGAAGAUAUAAACGAAUGUGAAAGCAGUCCUUGUGUCAAUGGUGCUUGCAGGAACAAUCUUGGGUCUUUCAUUUGUGAAUGUUUAUCUGGCAGCAAACUAGAUUCUACAGGUUUCAUUUGUAUUGAUAGUCUGAAAGGAACAUGCUGGUUGAACAUACAAGAUAAUCGCUGUGAAGUGAAUCUUAAUGGAGCUACUCUGAAAUCAGAAUGCUGUGCUACUCUGGGAGCUGCUUGGGGUAGUCCUUGCGAGCGUUGUGAAUUUGAUACUGCAUGCCCUAGAGGAUUUGCAAGAGUCAAAGGUGUUUCUUGUGAAGAUGUAAAUGAGUGUGAAGUUUUUCCGGGGGUGUGUCCCAAUGGGCGGUGCAUCAACAGCAGAGGCUCUUUUCAUUGUGAAUGUCCCAGUGGUCUGACAUUGGAUGGAACUGGCAGGGUGUGUUUGGAUAUCCGAAUGGAGCAGUGUUACCUGAGAUGGGAUGAAGAUGACUGUGUUCAACCUGUACCUGGAAAAUUCCGUAUGGACACGUGUUGCUGUGCUAUAGGUGCUGCUUGGGGUUCCGACUGCGAGGAAUGCCCCAAGCCAGGCACAAAAGAAUAUGAAGACUUAUGCCCCAGAGGUCCAGGCUUCUCCAACCGUGGGGAUAUUUUAACUGGAAGGCCAUUUUACAAAGAUAUAAAUGAAUGUAAAAUGUUCUCUGGCAUGUGCACAAAUGGCAAAUGUAGAAAUACGAUUGGAAGCUUCAAAUGUAGAUGCAAUAAUGGAUUUGCGCUUGAUAUGGAAGAGAGAAAUUGCACAGAUAUUGAUGAAUGCCGUAUCUCACCUGAUCUUUGUGGAAGUGGAACUUGUGUCAACACUCCAGGAAGCUUUGAGUGUCAAUGCUUUGAGGGCUAUGAAAGUGGAUUUAUGAUGAUGAAAAACUGUAUGGACAUAGAUGAAUGUGAACGUAACCCCCUUCUUUGUAGAGGUGGGAAAUGCUUGAAUACUGAAGGAAGCUUUCAGUGUGACUGUCCUCUUGGGCAUGAAUUGUCUUCAUCACGUGAAGAAUGUGUGGAUAUCAAUGAAUGUUCUCUUAGCGAUAACUUAUGUAGAAAUGGGAAAUGUGUGAAUGUGAUUGGAAUGUAUCAGUGUUCCUGUAAUCCUGGGUACCAGGCAACUCCAGAUAAGCAAGGCUGCAUCGAUAUUGAUGAGUGCAUGAUUAUGAAUGGAGGCUGUGACACUCACUGCAGUAAUUCAGAAGGCAGCUAUGAAUGUAGUUGCAGUGAUGGAUAUGCUCUUAUGCCAGAUAUGAGGAGUUGUGCAGAUAUUGAUGAAUGUGACAGUAACCCAGAUAUCUGUGAUGGUGGACAGUGCAUUAACAUUCCAGGAGAAUAUCGUUGUCUUUGUUAUGAUGGAUUCAUGGCUUCUGUUGAUAUGAAAAUAUGCAUUGAUGUGAAUGAAUGCGAUCUAAAUUCGAACAUUUGCAUGUUUGGAGAAUGUGAGAACACCAAAGGAUCCUUCAUUUGUCAUUGCCAGCUGGGUUAUUCUGUCAAGAAGGGAACCACUGGAUGCACAGAUGUGGAUGAAUGUGAGAUUGGUGCCCACAACUGUGACAUGCAUGGUCUGUGUUUCAAUGUUCCGGGAAGCUUCAGAUGUAGCUGUAAGGAAGGAUGGAUUGGAAAUGGAAUUAAGUGUAUAGAUCUUGAUGAGUGCUCUAAUGGAACACACCAAUGUAGCAUAAAUGCUCAGUGUGUGAAUGCUCCUGGGUCAUAUCAUUGCACCUGUGCAGAAGGAUUUACUGGAGAUGGAUUUAUUUGUUCAGAUAUUGAUGAAUGUGCAGAAAAUAUCAAUCUUUGUGACAAUGGACAAUGUCUUAAUAUUCCUGGUGGAUACCGUUGUGAGUGUGAGAUGGGCUUCACUUCAACUUCCAAUAGCCGAACUUGUCAAGAUAUUGAUGAGUGUGCUGAUCCUAUAAAUUGUGUCAAUGGCUUUUGUGUAAAUACUCCUGGAAGGUAUGAAUGUAACUGUCCUCCAGAUUUCCAGCUGAAUCCAACAGGAGUUGGCUGUGUUGAUAAUAGAGUUGGCAACUGUUAUUUGAAAUAUGGACCAAGAGGUGAUGGAAGUCUCUCCUGCAGUACUGAAAUUGGUGUCGGAGUCAGUCGUUCUUCUUGUUGCUGUUCUUUGGGAAAAGCCUGGGGGAAUCCCUGUGAGACAUGCCCACCUGUAAAUAGCAGUGAAUAUAAUACCUUGUGUCCCGGAGGCGAAGGCUUCAGACCAAAUCCCAUAACAAUUAUCUUAGAAGACAUUGAUGAAUGCCAAGAACUGCCUGGUCUAUGCCAAGGUGGAAACUGCAUCAAUACUUUUGGCAGCUUCCAAUGUGAAUGUCCUCAUGGGUACUAUCUCAGUGAAGAAACACGUAUCUGUGAAGAUAUUGAUGAAUGUGUUGCACAUCCUGGUGUAUGUGGUCCUGGGACAUGCUAUAACACCUUAGGAAAUUAUACCUGUAUUUGCCCCCCGGAAUAUAUGCAGGUGAAUGGAGGACACAACUGUAUGGAUAUGAGAAAGAGCUUUUGUUAUAGAAGCUACAAUGGGACAUCUUGUGAUAAUGAACUUCCCUUUAAUAUUACCAAGAGAAUGUGUUGUUGCACUUACAAUGUUGGGAAAGCCUGGAACAAGCUGUGUGAGCCAUGCCCAGCUCCAGGGACAGUUGAAUUCAGAACGUUAUGUGGAAAUAUCCCUGGUUUUACCUUUGACAUUCAUACUGGAAAAGCAGUUGAUAUUGAUGAAUGUAAAGAGAUUCCAGGUAUUUGUGCAAAUGGUGUUUGCAUCAACCAGAUUGGAAGUUUUCGUUGUGAAUGCCCCACAGGAUUUAGCUACAAUGAUCUGCUCUUGGUCUGUGAAGAUAUUGAUGAAUGUAGCAAUGGUGAUAAUCUCUGUCAAAGAAAUGCAGAUUGCAUCAAUAGCCCCGGUAGUUACCGCUGUGAGUGUGCUACAGGUUUCAAACUUUCACCCAAUGGUGCUUGCAUUGAUCGCAAUGAAUGCCAGGAAAUACCUAAUGUAUGUAGUCAUGGCACAUGUGUGGAUAAAGAGGGGAGUUACUACUGUAUCUGUCAAAAUGGUUUUAAGGCAUCCCGUGAUCAAACAAUGUGCAUGGAUGUAGAUGAAUGUGAAAGACAUCCUUGUGGGAAUGGAACUUGUAAAAAUACAGUUGGAUCAUAUAACUGCCUCUGCUAUCCAGGAUUUGAGCUAACACAUAAUAAUGACUGUAUGGAUAUUGAUGAGUGCAGUUCCUUCUUUGGGCAGGUGUGCAGAAAUGGAAGAUGCUUUAAUGAAAUUGGUUCUUUCAAAUGUUUAUGUAAUGAAGGUUAUGAACUUACUCCAGAUGGCAAAAACUGUAUUGAUAUUAAUGAGUGUGUAGUGCUACCUGGCUCAUGCUUUCCUGGGACAUGUCAGAAUUUGGAAGGAUCAUUCAGAUGUAUCUGCCCACCAGGAUAUGAAGUAAAAAGUGAAAGCUGCAUUGAUAUUGAUGAAUGUAAUGAGGAUCCUAACAUCUGCCUGUUUGGAUCCUGCACUAAUACUCCAGGAGGAUUUCAGUGCAUCUGCCCUCCCGGUUUUGUAAUAUCUGACAAUGGCAGGAGAUGUUUUGAUACUCGACAGAGCUUCUGUUUCACUAACUUUGAGAAUGGGAAGUGCUCUGUGCCAAAAGCAUUUAAUACCACCAAGGCAAAAUGUUGUUGCAGCAAGAUGCCAGGAGAAGGUUGGGGUGAUCCAUGUGAACUGUGUCCUAAAGAAGAAGAAGUUGCUUUUCAGGAUCUGUGUCCAUUUGGCCAUGGAACAAUACCUGGAAUAGAUGAUACACGAGAAGAUGUCAAUGAAUGUCUGGAGAAUCCUGGUAUUUGUUCCAAUGGACACUGCAUAAACACUGAUGGAUCAUUCCGUUGUGAAUGUCCCUUGGGGUAUAACCUUGACUACACUGGAGUGCAAUGUGUAGAUACUGAUGAAUGCUCCAUUGGUAAUCCUUGUGGAAAUGGCACAUGUUCCAAUGUGAUCGGUAGUUUUGAAUGCAAUUGCUUGGAUGGAUUUGAACCUGGGCCAAUGAUGAAUUGUGAGGAUAUAAAUGAAUGUGCACAAAAUCCUUUGCUUUGUGCUUUUCGCUGUAUAAAUACUUAUGGGUUUUAUGAAUGCACCUGUCCAGUGGGAUAUGAAUUAAGAGAAGACCAGAAAAUGUGCAAAGAUCUUGAUGAAUGUGCAGAGGGUCUACAUGACUGUGAAUCAAGAGGCAUGAUAUGCAAAAAUCUGAUUGGAACCUUCAUGUGCAUAUGUCCCCCUGGAAUGACUCGAAGACCAGAUGGAGAAGGUUGCAUUGAUGAAAAUGAAUGCCACAGUAAGCCGGGUAUCUGUGAAAAUGGUCGUUGUAUAAACAUUAUUGGAAGUUACAUAUGUGAGUGUAAUGAAGGUUUCCAGUCAAGCCCAUCUGGAAUUGAAUGCAUUGACAACCGACAAGGUUUCUGCUUUGCUGAAGUCUUGCAGACAAUGUGUCAAAUGGCUUCCAGUAGCCGUAAUCUUGUCACCAAAUCAGAAUGCUGUUGUGAUGGUGGAAGAGGGUGGGGCAAUCAAUGUGAGAUUUGCCCACUUCUAGUAACCACUCAAUAUAAGAAGCUGUGUCCACAUGGUCCAGGAUACACCACUGAUGGGAGAGAUAUUGAUGAGUGUAAGGUCAUGCCAAAUUUAUGUAGAAAUGGACAAUGCAUAAACACCAUGGGUUCCUUCAGAUGUUUUUGCAAAGUUGGCUAUACUACUGACAUAAGUGGUACUUCUUGUGUGGAUCUUGAUGAAUGCUCCCAGUCUCCCAAACCAUGCAAUUUUAUCUGCAAGAAUACUGAAGGAAGCUACCAAUGUUCAUGUCCACGUGGCUAUAUCCUCCAAGAUGAUGGAAAAUCCUGUAGAGAUCUUGAUGAAUGUCAAACUAAACAACAUAACUGUCAAUUCCUUUGUGUCAAUACCUUGGGGGGAUUCACAUGUAAAUGUCCACCAGGUUUCACGCAACAUCAUACGGCCUGUAUAGAUAAUAAUGAAUGUGGAUCACAGCCUUCACUUUGUGGAUCAAAAGGAAUCUGUCAGAAUACUCCUGGAAGUUUUGCCUGUGAAUGCCAAAGAGGUUUCUCUUUAGAUUCCACUGGAUUGAACUGUGAAGAUAUGGAUGAGUGUGAAGGAAAUCACAGAUGCCAACAUGGUUGCCAAAAUAUUCUUGGUGGCUACAGAUGCAGCUGCCCACAUGGAUAUAUCCAGCAUUAUCAGUGGAAUCAGUGUGUAGAUGAAAAUGAAUGCUCAAAUCCUAGCAUUUGUGGUUCAGCUUCAUGCUACAACACUCUUGGAAGCUACAAAUGUGCAUGUCCCUCUGGAUUCUCUUAUGAUCAGCUCAGUAGCGCAUGCCACGAUGUCAAUGAAUGUUCUUCUACCAAAAAUCCCUGCAAUUAUGGCUGUUCCAAUACUGAAGGCGGAUACCUCUGUGGCUGCCCUCCAGGGUAUUACAGAGCAGGGCAAGGGCACUGUGUCUCCAGUAUGGGAUUUAGUAAAGGCCAGUAUCUUCCAGUGGAUCAAGGUGAAGAGAAUGCUUUGUCCCCAGAAGCAUGUUAUGAGUGUAAAAUUAAUGGAUACUCCCAAAAAGACAGCAGGAAGAAAAGAAGCCUCAAUCAACCUGAGCCUGCAGAGGUAAGCGAAAACUGCACAACUGAUUUGCACUUGUUUUUGGAAAGUUUGGACAUUGAUCUUCCAUUAAAGAUGAGAUUCAGCGUAACUGGCCUUGGCAAUAAAGAACAUAUAUUAGAUCUCAUGCCUGCAAUACAGACCCUCACAAAUCACAACCGCUACAUUAUCUCCUUUGGUAAUCACAACAGCACCUUCCGGAUACACCAGAAAGAUGGGCUGAGUUAUCUUCAGGUUGCUAAGAAAAAAGCCACAGCUGGUAUUUACACACUGGAAAUAGUUAGCAUUCCUCUGUACAAAAAGGAAGAGCUAAAGAAAUUGGAAGAAAGCAAUGAGGACAACUACCUCCUAGGAGAACUUGGAGAAACUCUUAAAAUGAGACUCUGGAUUGAACUCUAUUAAAACCUUCCUUCCCUCAUGAAGGAUUCCCUUCUGUUCACGUAUCGUAUCAUAUACUUUGGUUUUGAAAGCUUUAAGGGGGUCGGGUAACUUACUUUUUCAGAAGACCCAAAAUUGCAAAUAGUGACCUCUGCAUCCUUCUGUCCUGAAUAAGACUGAAGAACAGACCUCAACCUUUCUGUUACCAAAAACCUUGAUUACAAUGCCAACAAUAAUGAUUACUAUAUUGUCUAUAUAAUCUCAAUUUUAAAUAUAUAUAUUUUUUAAAAAGAAAAUGUGGUGCUUAAAAAAAUCAUAUAUGGCACUAAAUGGCACAAAAUGUGAGUUACUUUUCCUAUAAGCACUCUAGCAUAUUGAUGAUUUUGCUGUAGUUCCUAAAUUAAAAAUAGAGAUUUUAUUUAUUUUUAAUGCAAUAAUAUAUGGAGAAAUUAACAAUCUGUGUUAAAAGGGAAAAAGAAAACACUUGUUUUCCUUUGCAAUUUUAUGAAUUUGAGUUAUUACAUGUAUUAGGUAUUUUAGAAAAAAGAACAGAAACAAAUAGAUUGAAAAAGUUUUCUCUCAGUCUUGUGCCUAUUAUCCAUAAAGCAUUAGAAAACAAAUCAUGUGAUCAAAUGAGCACUGUGCUACACUACCCAAGGGCUUUCUUUUCCCUAGGCAAGAUAUUAAAAAUAGUACAUUAUCUUAAAUAACCAUGAUCAGAAUUUCAACUUUAAACUUGGUGCUGAUACUUAACAUACACAUCAUAAAAACUAGAUUUUUCUAUCAGAGAAGACUAUUCAUGGAAAUGAUGCACAACCACUGUAACAAAAUACCUGGAAUGCUUGUGAUAUCCUUGGUAUUGCAAGCCAAUCCGUACUGUAUUUCCUUCAGGUAACCUCACUAUAUCACCUCAUUAACUACAACAAAAGGUGCUUGACGUAUUUGCAUUACUGUAGGCAGCUGAUUACAAAUCAUGUAUUCUUAGAAAGAAACACUUGAUGUUUCAUUCUAAGUGGUGCUGGCUUGAAUUCAUCCUGAAAUAAAGACGGCUGAGCUAUUGCAGAAUUGUCAUAUGUGUACACUAUUCAUGCUGCAUGGAAAAAACACAUAUUGGAAAAUAAGAAUGUUGAUUAAUGCUGUAGUUAUACACAAUAUGUCUCGUUUUAUCAUAGCCUAUUUUAUAAGUUACCUUUGUACAAUGUGUUGGCAUUUAGUUUAGUGUGUUUUUUAUUUUUGUCAUUUAAUAAUGGUGCUAUAAAUAAUAAAUUGUACUUGUUACAGGUCAUAUAAAAAAGCCUCACAUGUGAACCAACACAAAGCACAUUCCAUGCCUGCUUUUCCUCUGUUUUUUUUUUAACCUUACUGAUCAAAAAUUGCCAGAAGUUAUGCUCAUUGUUUUGGUUCAUACUCUAUUUUCUGUGUAUUUUCUUUUAUGAAAAGAGAAAACCCUGUAAAUUGCAUUUAGGAAAAAAAAACCAGUAUUAUUUUGUUGGUCCUUGUAUUAAUACAGCAUCACUUUUCCUGAAAUAAAACUUAUUUUCCGGUAGCUGCAUUAUUUUGUUUUGAUAUGGAAAGAUGGUCAACCUUAUAGCAUUAGGAAUGAAUGAU